CACUGCACGUGGACACGGAUCCCCUAUGUAGCCUUCAGAGCUAGAAAAACAUGUUUGGCAGCUGCUGAUAGCAUGUGAGCUAAUGCUUUGCCGCGCAGGAGGAGUCGUGCCCAGGCCAAAGUAGUAGCACUGUCUUUCUUCCUCAUUUAUUUCGAAGAAAAUACAUGGCAGAGAUUUUGUUCAGCUUGAAUAUGUUUAGAAUCGGGUGGAGAGGCGUGAAACUGAGCAGGAAAGUUACUAAUGCAGCUGUUUCUGCGCAGACGCAGCGCCGCUGCAGCACAGAGUGCAGUUUGUUUGGGCUUCUGUUUGACAUUGACGGGGUGCUGGUACGUGGACGGACACCCAUCCCUGCAGCCAAACAGUGUUUUAGGAACCUGGUGGACGGCGAUGGAAAGUACAGGGUUCCUGUGGUGUUUGUGACAAAUGCGGGAAACUCUCUGCGAGAGACCAAGGCCGAGCAGCUGUCUCACCUUCUGGAGGUUGAGGUGUCACCAGACCAGGUGGUGCUGUCCCACAGUCCUCUGCGGGUUUUCACUCAGUUCCAUGACCUGUGUGUGCUGGUGUCCGGACAGGGACCCGUCGUGGAAGUUGCGCACAAUGUAGGUUUCAAGAACGUUGUUACCAUUGACAUGUUAAGGGAAGCGAAUCCUCUCCUGGAUGUUGUGGAUCACAAUCGCAGACCUAAAGACAUGAUUUGCCCAUCUAUGGAUUUGCCUCCAAUAGAUGCUGUCGUCCUGCUUGGCGAGCCUAUCAGGUGGGAGACCAACUUACAACUGAUCACUGAUGUGCUCUUGACCAAUGGGAGGCCAGGAAACCCUGUGACAUCAUUGCAUUACCCACAUAUCCCCGUUCUGGCCUGCAACAUGGAUCUGCUGUGGAUGGCCGAAGCCAAAAACCCUCGAUUUGGACACGGCAUGUUCCUCGUGUGUCUGGAGAGCAUCUAUAAGAAGAUAACAGCUGUGAGCUGA